UCUCAUAAUAAAAAGGCACUAGCCUGCUUUCAUUCCACAGGCUUUUCAAGUAGCUAGAGAGAGAGAGAGAGAGAGAGAGAGUGCUUUUAGUUCUUUUAGAAAGUUCAAAAGAGAUCCAGAAGAUAAGAAGUCUUUUGAGAGAGAGAGAGAGAGAGAGAUGGGAAGGGCUCCUUGCUGUGACAAGGCAAAUGUGAAGAAAGGACCAUGGUCACCAGAAGAGGAUGCGAAGCUUAAGGAGUACAUAGAGAAAAAUGGCACUGGUGGGAAUUGGAUUGCCCUCCCACAGAAAGCUGGUCUGAAGAGAUGUGGAAAGAGUUGCAGACUAAGAUGGCUCAACUAUCUCAGGCCCAACAUUAAGCAUGGUGAAUUCUCUGAUGAAGAAGACAGGAUAAUCUGCACCUUGUUUGCUAGCAUUGGAAGCAGGUGGUCAAUCAUAGCUGCUCAAUUACCAGGCCGGACUGACAAUGAUAUCAAGAACUACUGGAACACCAAGCUUAAGAAGAAACUCUUAUCCAUGAUGGCCUCCUCUUCAUCUCAAGCAGAACAGCUAAUUCCACCAUUCUCAUCUCCUCUUCAAGCCUCACAUUCACCAACCUCCCCAUCACUAUCACCAAGCUUUUCAUCCUCAGCUUGCAGAGACUGCAGUCCUCCCAAUUAUUACACAAACCCAUACUCCAAGUCCAUGUUCAUCAGCAGCAGCACGCCAAGCUUUCAACCCAUCUCAAUGUCACCAUCAAAUCUGAUGAUGAAUAAUUCAUCCCUUCUGCAAGCCCAUGAGAGCACUGGCAGAGAAACAAAACAAGAGGAAAUGGAGCUCCAGGGUGAUCAUAGUAAUGACAAUAACAUUAGUAUCUUUAAUGGGUUUGCAGAAAACAACCAGAAGCACUUCAUGAUGGGUUAUGGCAGCAAUGGUUACAGUACUACUAGUUAUGGCAAUUGGGCAGAUCAAACUAAUUCAAAUUAUUCAAAUGGGUGUUUUGGAGAAACCCAAAUACAAGAUCAUGAGUUUAUUGAUCAAGACCUUGAGCUCGAGGAUUUAAAGCGGCUAAUCGGCAGCAGUGGUGCUACAAUGGCUACCGCAAGUAGUGGGUGCAACAGCAGUUUCUUCGUCGAUGAAAACAAGACACAGGAGAAGGUCAACAUGUACUAUUACUGAGUGGUCCUGACUGUGCGAUUUGAAAGGGUAAGGUGUGGAGCGGGGUGGGAUGGGAGAGGAGAUCUCGAUCAUCCUGAUUCAUCCAUCCAUUCAGACCGAUAAGACUUAUAACUUCAGUUUCUGGGAGUCAGCGUUUUGAUGAAUGAAAUGGAAGAAGUAGCUAGCUAGUACGUACUUUAUUUCUGUGAGAGUGCAGGGUAAAAUGCAUUUCUUUUUGGAUCUGAAUCUGAUCGAUGUUAUAUAUAUUUCUGGGUCUACCCAAAAAAAAAAAAAGCUAUAUAUAUAUAUACUGUAUGUACUGUUGGUACUGUACCCUCCUACAGCUGAUGUAAAUAUCAUGAAAUCUAGACAGGUAAUCAUAUAUCCUUCAGAAUCUGAUGGUGAUCAGAGAGUCAGAGUCAA